GUAGCCAUGGGGAAUUUGCUCUCUUGCCAAAAGAGAGUUGGAAAUUUCGUGUUUCUGCCGGACGGUGGAGCUCGCCCGAUCGAAAGCUCGAUGACAGUUGCGGAGCUUAUGCUUGAGCAUCCGAGCCAUUUUGUUGCUCAGCUUACAAGUGGAAAGCCGGUUCCAUUGCCUGCUGACUAUAAAUUAGAGGUGGAGAAGACGUAUGUUGUGUUGCCGAUGGGGACUAGGAAGGUGGGGACGAGGUCAAAGUCGCCACCGAAUAUGAUGAAGGAUGAAUCGUCAGAGGGGAUGGAUUGCCAGUCAGAGAUUUUGUUACAGAGGCAGUAUUCAAAAAAGGGGUGGAAGCCAAGCUUGAGGACCAUAGAGGAAUGGGCUUUGGUGAAGAAGGUGCCGCAUUGGCUUUUCUGAUGUUGUGAGGAUUACAACUGCGAAGUAUAAGAGGGGGUAAAGAGAAAAAUGGGUGAUUGGGCUGUUUCUGUGGAUUCAAAGGGUUGGAAAGAUGUCUUUUUCAAACUAAAGGAUAACAAAAAAGAAUGCAAAGUUUAUAUGGAGGUAAAUGUAAAAAUUAGUGGUUGAUAGCUACUUUAGU